AUGGUAAAAUACAUGCGACAGCACAGUGAUCUGAAAUCCGGAGAGGUCCUUUCGGAGUCUGAUGUGUCCGUGGACCAACAUGAUUUUAGAGCCAUGUCUGAAUUUGCUCUCAGCGACGUCCUGUACUCCAAAUGUUCCGCAAUGGACCAAAUCAGCACUUUCAUGAAAAACGUACAAGUGUUGCUCGAUGCAGCAAAUUACAUUGAAAACAUCGAAAAGACGAACGGAAAAUGUGAACAUGGGUAUGCCUCCACAUACCCUGCGAAUGAGACUGCACAUCAUCAAAAACAACGUAAACACAAGAACAAGAAAAUUGACAAUAUCCACAAUAGGUCAGCACACAACGAACUGGAAAAGAAUAGACGAGCACAUCUCCGCCUGUGUUUGGAGAGAUUGAAGUCCCUCAUUCCUCUGGGACCAGACUGCAGCCGGCACACCACACUGGGACUGCUCAACAAGGCUAAAGUGCAUAUUAAGAAACUUGAAGAGAUGGAGCGGAGGAGUCGACACCAGCUGGAGACCCUAGAGAGGGAGCAGAGGCACCUGCAAAGGCAGUUAGCCCACCUGCAGACAUCCGGGGAAUGGGAGCGAGUCCGCAUGGACAGCAUAGGCUCCCAAGUGGACUCCGACAGUGGACACCGCUCGGAGUCUGACAGAGAAGAAAUUGAAGUGGAUGUGGAAAGCACUGAGUUCUCCAAUGGAGAAAUGGACAGUGUCAGCACCAGUGGCGGCAGUGACCUGGAUGACCACAGCAGCCGGCAGAGCUCCGCCAGCGAUGAGGGCUACUCCACUUGCAGCCUAAAACUAGCCUUCUCUGCUUAAAGCGCCAGCCUAUACUUUCACUUCAGCUGCAGUCUUAUAUGGCUUUUCACCUUUUAAAGAAACAGCCUACAGCUCCAUUUGCCCUUGCAAUUUAAACAAAUCAUCCUCUCAAGAACCAGCCUAAAAUCCUUCCUUUACCUGAAGUGUGAAAUGCCUACCUUUUACCCAAGAACCAGCCUUAAGAUCAACUCAGUCUAAAGGUUUGAAAUGGUCUUCUACCAAGAACCAGGGAUGGCUUGAAAUGGUCUUCUACCAAGAACCAGGGAUGGCUUGCCAUCAGCUAUCUGAAAAUGUCAUUUUCCACUCAACGAGCCAUUAUGUAACCAUUCCUGCAAUAUUACUUCCUUCAACUGUCCAGCUGCCACCCCAAAUCAAAUGAUAUAAUCACCUCCCAAGGCCCUAGUCCCAAUAUUAGCAUGAGUCAACAGUACCCGUUUUCUGUAUUGGUCCAAUUCUGAACCUCUAGUCAUACCAAUACCAAACACUUAAUAGGCAACAGUACCUUUAGUCAAAGUUGAUCUCUUAAAACCAGCAAAAAAAUUAUCAAAAAUCCCUCAAUACCAGCUAGAAGCUUACCAGUAAAAAGGUGGAAUAUUGCUUUUUCUUUGGAAAAACCCCAGAUAUAUACCCAAAAUGCACUUCUUGUUAGUCAUCAAGCCAUUGGCAAGGGCUACUAUAACUGCAUUCCAAGAUUACUGAUACACUUGUAGAUCUGCUCUUAAACCCACAACCAUCCUUUUCCAUGACUGAAAUAGUUUUAUCCAAAUAGGUGGUUCAGUCCACUAAUGCGAUUCUAAUUUAUUUUGCAUAUGAUUACCAUAUGUGUGAUAUUUAUUUUUGGUAUAUUUUAUUGUACUGUAGCCAAGUCUUGAUCUUGCUUGAAUAGAAAAAAAAAUCAUGGAAAAAAAAAUCUGCAAUUCAAACCUAUUUCUCAUUAUGUUGUGCUACCAAUAUUUUUUACCAAUCUCACUAGACAAAAUAUUACACCAUUUGAAGCUUAUGCAGAGCAACAGGGCAGGCUUGUGAUUUUACUCAAUGGUGUUUUGUUAAAACACGAAUACAAACUGCUGAUUCAAAUUGUAAGCAAAUAGUUUUCCAUUGUAUAUCAACAGUAAUAAGCUAUCCUGUUCUUGUCCAAGCACAAGGCUUAAGCAAUAACACUAGUUUGGUCAGAUCUUUAGUAUUGGUUGUGUAUGGCACACAAUCCUGUCCGUCCAACACCAAGUUGCUUGUUUUCUAUUUGCUUAAGUGGCUAUGUCAAUUAUUAAUAAUCAGCAGUGAAGAACAUGAUUGUAAUAGCUGGAAAAAAAUAUGGUGCAUGUAUAAUGAAUGUAGCCUUUCUAAUUAUGUUUUGUGCUUUGGAUCGACAAGUUUUCAAAAUGUCUGUAGCAUGAACAUUAACAAUAGUAAUUUUGGUUUAUAGUUCAAUGCUUAGUACUGUAUCUUUUUGUAUUGUAGCUGAAAGGUAUUCUAAAGUUGAAAUCCUAAAAUUUACCAUCAAUUAUCAAAUAUUUACUUGACACACAGAAUUGCACUGCAAAACUUCCAAGAAACCAAAUAAGACAUUUCAGUAUGUGACCAUUCAUCUGCAUUUUUCUGGUACACGUCGUAAGUAGAACAUUACCACCAAAUGUGUCUUAACAUGGCUAAAUUAACUCUUGCACAAAGUUCUUGGCGACAAGUCUUUUUCCGGCAUACGUGUUUAGGAUAUUGUUCAAUGCACUAUGAAAAGACUUGUGUUAAGGAAGUAUGUCAAAGCACACUCCAUGAUGUUUUCUUGUGCUUAAUCAGCCAUCAAAGGUGACUUUUGCAAACUGUGCUGCUGGUCCCCUGCUAAUACUUUAUGGUUCCUGAUUAUUGUCCCUGGAAUCUUAAUAAACCUCUUUCACCCAGA